AUCACUCCCUCCCCAAACUUCUUCUACUUCUUCACUUACCCUCACCAGUCACCACACUAACUUCCCAACCCUAAUCUAAUCUCUCACAGAGAACAGACUCAGAGAGAGAAAAAAACAAUGAAGCUUCUCCUCCUUCUAUUAUUCCUCCUCCACAUUCCCCACUCCUUCACCACCGCCCGCCCAAUCUCCGAGUUCCGAGCCCUCCUCUCACUCAAAUCCUCCCUCACCUCCCCCUCCCCCUCCCCUCUCUCCUCCUGGAAACCAACAACCUCCUUCUGCACAUGGACCGGCGUCACGUGCGACAUCUCCCUCCGUCACGUGACAUCCCUCAACCUCUCAAGCCUCAACCUCUCCGGCACCCUCUCCCCAUCCAUCUCCCACUUCCCUCUCCUCCAAACCCUCUCCCUCGCCGACAACCAGAUCUCCGGCCCUAUCCCCCCGGAGAUCUCCCACCUCUCCUCCCUCCGCCACCUCAACCUCUCCAACAACGUCUUCAACGGCACCUUCCCGGACCAGAUCUCCUCCGGGCUAACCAACCUCCGCGUCCUCGACGUCUACAACAACAACAUGACCGGAAACUUACCUCUCUCCGUCACCAACCUCUCCUCCCUCCGUCAUCUCCACCUCGGCGGGAACUACUUCUCCGGCUCCCUCCCUCCUUCCUACGGCUCCUGGCCUGCCAUCGAGUACUUAGCCGUCUCCGGGAACGAACUCACCGGAAAAAUCCCCCCGGAGAUCGGAAACCUAACCUCUCUCCGGGAGCUUUACAUUGGAUACUACAACGCCUUCGAAGACGGUCUCCCUCCCGAGAUCGGAAACCUGUCAAAACUUAUCAGAUUCGAUGCAGCGAACUGCGGGUUAAACGGAGAGAUUCCCUCCGAGAUCGGUCGUCUCAAGAGACUCGACACUCUUUUCCUCCAAGUUAACGUCUUCACGGGACCGUUAACUUGGGAGUUAGGAAACCUCUCGAGCCUAAAAUCGAUGGAUCUCUCCAACAACAUGUUCACUGGAGAGAUUCCGAAGAGCUUCUCGGAGCUCAAGAACCUCACGCUUUUGAAUCUCUUCAGAAACAAACUCCACGGGGAGAUCCCGGAGUUCAUCGGAGAGAUGCCGGAGCUCGAGGUGUUGCAGCUUUGGGAGAAUAACUUCACCGGAAGUAUACCGGAGAGAUUGGGAGAGAACGGGAGGCUUCAGCUAGUGGAUCUCUCUUCCAACAAACUCACGGGAACUUUACCGCGGGGGUUGUGUAACGGUAAAAAGCUGGAGACGUUAAUUACUUUAGGUAACUUUUUAUUCGGUUCGAUCCCGGAGUCUCUGGGUGAAUGCGAGUCUUUGACUCGGAUCCGAAUGGGUGAGAAUUUCUUAAACGGGUCGAUUCCUAAAGGUUUAUUCGGGUUACCGAGGUUAACUCAAGUUGAGCUUCAAGAUAAUUACUUAACCGGGGAGUUACCGGUAACCGGGAAAGUUUCGGUUAAUCUCGGUCAGUUAAGUUUAUCAAACAAUCAACUCUCCGGUUUUUUACCACCGGCGAUUGGGAACUUCACCGGCGUCCAGAAGCUUCUCCUAGACGGUAACAAGUUCGAAGGUCCGAUUCCUUCUGAAGUAGGGAAGCUUCAGCAGCUAUCCAAAAUCGAUUUCAGCCACAACUUGUUCUCCGGUAAAAUCGCGCCGGAGAUCAGCCGUUGCAAGCUGUUGACGUUUGUAGAUCUGAGCCGUAACGAACUCUCCGGUGAGAUACCGAAGGAGAUAACCGGUAUGAGGAUUUUAAACUAUUUGAAUUUAUCGAGAAACCAUCUUUUUGGUUCAAUCCCCGGUUCGAUCUCGUCGAUGCAGAGCUUAACCUCUCUUGAUUUCUCUUAUAAUAAUCUCUCCGGUUUAGUUCCCGGAACCGGUCAGUUUAGUUACUUCAACUACACGUCGUUUUUAGGGAAUCCUGAUCUUUGUGGGCCUUAUCUCGGCCCAUGUAAAGACGGAGGCUCUCACAGUAGUCAUGGUAAAGGUCCCUUGUCUGCUUCUAUGAAGCUCUUGCUUGUUCUUGGACUACUUGUUUGCUCCAUUGCGUUUGCGGUUGCGGCGAUAAUCAAAGCGAGAUCUUUAAAAAAAGCGAGCGAGUCACGUGCUUGGAAGUUAACAGCUUUCCAGAGACUAGACUUCACGUGCGACGACGUUUUGGACUCACUCAAAGAAGACAACAUCAUAGGCAAAGGUGGAGCUGGGAUAGUCUACAAAGGCGUCAUGCCUAACGGUGAUUUAGUCGCGGUUAAAAGACUCGCUGCGAUGUCUCGUGGCUCUUCACACGAUCACGGCUUCAACGCGGAGAUUCAGACGUUAGGGAGGAUAAGGCACAGACACAUUGUGAGGCUUCUUGGUUUUUGCUCGAACCAUGAGACGAAUCUUCUUGUCUAUGAGUACAUGCCUAAUGGUAGUCUUGGUGAGGUGUUGCACGGUAAGAAAGGUGGGCACUUGCAUUGGGAUACACGUUAUAAGAUUGCUCUUGAAGCUGCGAAAGGACUCUGUUAUCUCCAUCAUGAUUGUUCUCCGUUGAUUGUUCAUAGAGAUGUUAAGUCGAAUAACAUUCUCCUUGAUUCGAAUUUUGAAGCUCAUGUUGCUGACUUUGGUCUCGCUAAGUUCUUACAAGACUCUGGUGCUUCUGAAUGUAUGUCUGCUAUCGCUGGUUCGUACGGUUACAUCGCUCCAGAGUAUGCUUACACAUUGAAGGUAGAUGAGAAGAGCGAUGUAUAUAGCUUCGGUGUGGUGCUUCUAGAACUCGUCACGGGGAGAAAACCCGUUGGUGAGUUCGGAGACGGUGUAGAUAUCGUGCAAUGGGUUCGUAAGAUGACAGAUUCGAACAAGGACUCUGUUCUCAAAGUGUUGGAUCCGAGACUUUCUUCGAUUCCUAUUCACGAAGUGACGCACGUUUUCUACGUUGCUAUGCUCUGUGUGGAAGAACAAGCCGUUGAGAGACCCACGAUGAGAGAAGUCGUUCAGAUUCUCACUGAAGUGCCGAAGAUGCCACCGUCUAAGGAUCAGCCAGAACUAACGACGGAGAAUGAGCUCUCGCCUCAAGGUCCACCGGAUCUUCUUAUCUGAGUGUGUUCCGGUAGUUAAAUUAGGGGUUCUGGUAUGAGGGAAGAGUGUUCAAGUGGUUUAGUCCGGUUUGUGCUUUUGUCCGGUUAAGUGGUAUUUUGUUUUGACUCUUUUGUUUUUUUAAAGUGUGUUUUAUUUUCCUCGGCUUUCGCAUUAUCGUAAUUCGGUUCGGUUUAGUUUGUAUUAAAUUAUUAAUGAAGGUGUACAGUUGGGUUAAAUUUUGGUUAAAUUUUUGUCUUGAAGAUUGUGAAUUUCAAAUGUGUUGAAAAUUGUUAUGUC